GACGCGGGGAGGUUACGGGUGUAGCAGCCGCAGCAGCGAUGGCUGCGGAUGGUGAACGCUCUCCGCUGCUCCCCGCCGAGCCUGGGGAUGGGGGCGGCCUCGGCUCUGGAGGCUUGGUGGGGCCGGCGGGUCUGGGGUCAGGGCCCGCCUCGAUUCCGUCGGGAAAACCGAACCCGCCACAGGGAUUUUCUUCUUUCAGCAGUCUCAAUGAUGGGGGCCAAGCAGCCAUCCUGCCUACAGAAGAUCCCCCACCGUAUUCCCCGAUGGCAUCUCCGGAGAGCGGGAGUGCCCCCAUGAUCACUUGCCGAGUCUGCCAGAGCCCCAUCAAUGUGGAGGGAAAGAUGCACCAGCAUGUGGUGAAAUGUAGUGUUUGCAAUGAGGCCACGCCAAUCAAAAAUGCCCCGCCUGGUAAGAAGUACGUGAGAUGCCCUUGCAACUGUCUUUUGAUCUGCAAAGUGACAUCACAGCGCAUUGCCUGUCCACGGAUAUAUUGUAAAAGGGUCAUUAACUUAGGCCCUGUUCACCCUGGCCCUCCGAGUCCUGAGCCUCAGCCUGUGGGUGUGCGUGUCAAUUGCGGCCACUGCGAAAAUAAUUUCCUGUGGACGGAAUUCACAGACCGCACUUUAGCCCGAUGCCCCCACUGCCGCAAAGUCUCCUCCAUUGGGCGCCGCUAUCCGCGAAAGAGGUGCUUCUGCUGUUUUCUGCUGGGAAUGCUUAUGGCCGUAACAGCAACGGGUUUGGCGUUUGGUACCUGGACACAAGCCCAGCAGUACAAGGGGGUCUAUGCCGCCUGGGCUGUGGUUAUAUUCCUGGCUUUGGUUUUCCUUGGCCGAGCCAUGUACUGGGCUUGCAUGAGGGUCAGCCAUCCCAUCCAGCACUUCUCCUGAGCAUCUCCAAGCUCCUCUUGGCUUCCCACUGCUGCUCCACCACGCCAUCUCCAGAGACCCAGCCUCGUCUUCUCCCCUCCACUUCCAUUUGGAGUUGGGACUGCCGUGCCACCUUCUUGCUGUGCCGGCUCCCAAUGUCGUCAUCUGAGUAACUGUGGGACAACCCUGAUAUCUCUGAGUCUUCUUCCAUCUCUGUUGCUCUGAGCCAGGAUUGGUGGCAAAAGGAAGUACAGUUGACUCCAAAGGAGCCGAAGCCCAGCUCUCUAGGGUUCCACCAACGGUGACCAAGUUCCUGUUGAUCCUGCAAGAAACAAAACACUAGUUGUUCCAAAGAGAAACUUGAGUGCAGCUGGAUGGUUUGGGAUCCGAGCAGCGGUGGCUCUUUUGGUGACUAACACACGGCUGGGCUGAUGAGAUGCUUGGUUGGAAGUGGCCCCGUCCAAAUAGCGAAACCUCUUGCGAUACACUACAGGCCUUCAACGGGGGCACUCCAGAAGAUGCUGUUCUAGAGUCUGUUGUUGGCUCCCCAUUGGGGGCUGCUUAAAUGUUGAGGGGAAGGCAAAGGAGCUUUGAGGCAUCGCUGCUGUUGAUUUGUCCUAUUUUGUCAUCCUGUGUUCUGUGAUGUGGGGUAGCUACAGCUGCAAGCGUUGAGGCCGUUUCCACAAUCCUUAAAUGUGAACGGGGCCCUGGAGAUUGGAGAGAAUGCCAUUCCAUAAAGGUUAGUACCAUGCACUGGGACUGGAGGCUCUGGAUUCUGUCUUAGGUGUUCAUUUAAUGAAUUUCAGCCCCUGCCUCCCCCUUCCUGUGAUCUCCCACAGUGCUGAGAUCCAGAGGUCUUGCAUUGAGGCAGUUCAGGUUCACUGAGAACUUGACUGUGGGACUCAUUUCUGCUUUUAUUUUCCUUUUUUUUCCCCUUCGCACAUUCCUUGACAGAGCCAUUUCCCUGUUUGUUCUCCCAAGAAUCCAAACUCCCAUUUUCAGGGGGUGGACUGAGAGCAGCCUUAGGGACCACCGGUUUUAUCCACCACGCCAUUCUGUAUGCCUCUCUUAAAGAGCCCUUUCAGCCAUGACUGUGAUGUUGAGGGUUUUUCUUUUUUGCUUUUCCUUGAAAAGUUGAAGGGAAGGGAACUGCUGGCCAGCAGCACCUGCAGUAGAUCGAUACGGCUGGGGGCUUUAUUGCAACCUUGAAUUCUCUCUCAGGUGCAAGUUCUCCCUCGCAAGAAUGAUCUCCGUCCAGAACCCAGGAAGUUCGGGUUUCAUCCCCUCUUUUGCCUUACUGUUUGAUGGCAGAGGUGGAAGGGCUCUUGGGGGAGGGAAUAGUGUGUGCACUCUGCUGCCCAGAGGAAGGGGCGCCCUCAAUCACGCAGCAAGUGGGUAUUCCACCUAGGGAAAUGUUUCAGUCCUGGUGCAAGCCUGACUUUUCUGAGUGGGAGUCCUCUACCCUGUCCUCUCUCUCUGCCGCAGAUUCUAAUCCUUCCAUCUCCAUGGCACUGAGCUUAUAGCCCCGAGCCUGUUGCAGUUUGUAUAUAAGGAGUAAAAUGUACAUAGAACUAUUUAAGAUACUUUCCUCCAUGUCGGCUGCCUGCCUGCCCGCCUGCCUGCCUGCCCACGCGCUUGCACCUUGUGUCUUUCCUCCUCUUCAGCCAUGGUUGAACAUGUCUGUUGUCCUCUUCCUUCUCUUCCACAGCCGCAGGAGGAAUGAACAAGUAAUUGGAUGGUUGUAAAUAAAUAAAAGUAGCUAUUCCAUACCUGA